AUGGGAUUCAAGCGGGCCCAGGAAGAGGUUCACUCCAAGGCGCUGAAGGUCAAGCUGCUGACGGACAGCGUCAACAGCUUCAUCGCCAAGGCGCCGCCUACGGCCCACGAUGCAUUGCGGUCAGAGCUGGACCUGCUCACGGCCAACUACCAGAGACUCUGUAGCCGCCUGGACGGGAAGUGUAAAACACUGGAGGAGGUUUGGGCUUGCUGGUGCGAGCUGCUCUCCUACCUGCAGCAGGAGAACGACUUCCUGGACCAGCUGGAACAGAAGCUGGAGGAGACGGAGAACCUCCAGGGAGGCAGCAGCGAGGAGCUGCAGGAGGCCCUUGACGGUCUGGAGGCCCUCCUGCAGCACCCGGAGGACAACAGGAACCAGAUCCGGGAGCUGUCCCAGACCCUGAUCGACGGAGGCGUUCUCGACGAGCUGAUCCAGCAGAAACUGGACGCCUUCAACACGCGCUGGGACGAGCUCAUGGCCCGCGCCGUGCAGCGGCAGAAGGAGCUGGACGAGGGCGCGCGGCGGGCCCAGGAGUACGAGCGGGGGCUGCGCUCCAUCCAGGAGGCGCUGGCCAGCGUGGACCGCCACCUCUCCUCCUACCUGGACGACCAGGUGGACGCCCAGCAGAUACCCCAGGAGGCCCAGAAAAUCCAGACAGAGCUGAGUGGCCACGAGGAGGCCCUGGAGGAGAUAAAGAAGAAGAACGAGGAGAAGGACCCCUCCCAUAGGAUCAUGGGACAGAUCGACCUCACCCAGAAGAUGCUGGGGGAUGUGUGGACCAAGUUCCGUCUGUUCCAGAAGCCGGCGAACUUCGACACGCGCCUGGCCGACUGCGAGCGCACGCUGGCCGGGGUCAAGGGUCAGCUGGGCGUGCUCGACGUGCGCAGCGUGGAGCUGGACGUGGUGCAGUCGCAGCUGGAGCAAUGCAUGAAGCUGUACAAGGUGCUGAGUGAGGUGAAGGGGGAGGUGGAGACGGUGAUCAAGACGGGCCGGCAGGUGGUGCAGCGGCAGCAGACGGAGCAGCCCAAGGAGCUGGACGACCGGCUCACCGCCCUGAAGCUGCUCUACAACCAGCUGGGGGCGCAGGUGACGGAGAGCAAGCUGGAGCUGGAGAAGAGCCUGAAGCUGUCCAAGAAGCUCCGCAAGGAGCUCAACUCCCUGACGGAGUGGCUGGCCGCCACCGACGCCCAGCUCACGCGCCGGUCCGCCGUGGAGGGCAUGCCCAGCGACCUGGAGGCCGAGGUGGACUGGGCCCAGUCGGUGGCGGAGGAGACGUCCCGUCGGGAGCCCCAGCUGCAGGCGGUGGGGGGGCUGGCGGAGGCCCUGAAGGCGGUGCUGCGGGGCCACGGGGGGCUGGUGGACGACAAGGUCAGCCUGCUGCGCUGCAACUGGAUCGCCGUCACCUCGCGGGCCGAGGAGUGGCUCAACCUGCUGCUGGACUACCAGCGGCAGAUGCAGAAGUUGGAUGGAGCGAUAGAGGAAGUGAACAAAUGGAUAGAGGGAGCAGAGGGAAAGAUGGACCAGAUGGACAGCCUGGGCCCCAACGACGGCACGCUCAAGACGCUGCGGGCCGAGCUGGAGGCGACGGGCUCCAGGGUGGAGGAGCUCCGGGCUCUGGCCCAGGACCUCACCUCCACCCGGGGGGAGGCCUUCCACCGCCAGGUGGGCCAGCGGCUGGAGCUCCUCCGGCGGCGCUACGACGCCAUCGCCCGACGCAUCGGGGAGGCACAGACAGAGGCGUCGCCCAAGGAGCUGGAGCACUACCACAGCGAGGCUCAGAUCUGGUUGGACCUCCUGGAGGAGGAGGCGCAGCAGGGGGAGAACCUGAAGGAGGAGGAUUUCCAGGAGGACAAGGACUUUGAGGAAGGUGCAGUGAAGGAGUUAUUGUUGAAAGGAGAAAGUUUGCAGAAGAGAGUUCCAGACGAGGACAAGAGAGAGCUGAUCAGACACAAGCAAGACCAGCUCAACAGCAAGUACAACACAGUGAAGGACCUGCGUGUGAUGAGGAACAGGAAGGCACUGGCCAUCGCCCCCCAGUGGUACCAGUACAGGAGGAAGUCACAUGACCUGCUGGCCUGGCUGGACGACAUCCAGCGCAGCGUGGACCAGCUGCCGGACCCCCCGGAGGAGCAGAGGGUCAAGGAAAUUGGCUCAGAGUUCGACCAGAAGAAGGAGGAGCUUAAGGAGGUGCAGGGCUUAGCCAAUCAGCUCUCAGAGGCAGGAGCUGCCAAUCUGGUGGAGCCCCGCCUACUUCAGCUGAACACCCGCUGGGUGGAGGUUGAGGGAAAGUUCUUACCCUUCAAAAGACAUUGUGAGUACAUGACUGAGCUACAGGUGUUGCUGCGCUCGGUGUCGGAGGCAGACUUCAAGCUCAACUCCCCUGAAUACUGGCCCGCCGUGUUCUACAACCUGCCCCAGCAACACACCUGCAUCAAGGAGGCGAAGGCCAGCAUCGACCAGCUAGCGUCCCCGGUGGACGAGGCCCUGGGCAGGAGGGACGAGAUGGUGUCGGGGGCCCGCCCUCUGGAGGCCCAGAAGAUCCACGACACGGCCCUGCUCCUCAAGACCAACUGGGACAAACUCAACAAGCUGCACCAGGAUAGGCUGAGGCGAUGGGAGGAGUCCAACGCCAAGUGGCUUAAGUUCUCGGCGGAGCAGAAGGCGUUGGAGGCGUGGCUGGAGGAGGCGGAGAACACGCUGAACCUGGCCGAGGGCAGCCCCGACACACACCGCCAGCACCUGCGGGACCUGACGGAGGCGGUGCCGGCGAAGGAGGUGGCCCUGGGCCGGGUGACGUCGGCGGGGAAGGAGGUGGCUCAGCUCAGCACGCCGGACGACGCCGGCCGCCUGCUGCUGGCCCUCAAGAGCCUCCACACCCGCUGGGCCAGCGCCCUGGGACGACUGGAGCAGCACCGCAGACGGUCCUCAGAGGCCCGUAGUGCGGCGGCCACCCUGGAGGAGGACCUGGGCUCCAUGCAGGCCUGGCUGGACCAGGCCGACGGGGUGCUGGCCAUCCCCAUACACCCUGCCGAGCCCCAGCACAUCAGGGACACCCUGGUCAAGGUCCAGGCCCGCGUGGACGAGAUCCCCGGUAGGGCGUUGGCUGUGGAGGACCUGAACCAGAGGCUGAAGCAGAACCAGGUCCCCGCGGAGAAGCACACCGACAUCCGGGUCAUCAACUCCCGCUUCGCCCAGGUGUCCAGGGAUCUGCCUGAGUGGCAGCUGGAGAUGGAGGGCCUGCUGAGGGACCUGGAGCGGCUCCAGGGCCAGCUGGCGGACCUCUCUGCCUGGGCAGCACGCGCCCGCACCCGCCUGGAGAGCAGCCCGGAGGAGCUGGAGCCCAAGCUGGUGGAGGAGGUGCAGGCCAAGGAGCCAGAGGUGGAGUCAUUGUUGGACCGGGCCAAUCAGCUCUACAAGGACAACCCUCCCAGCCAAUCAGACAAGGAGAAGCAUGCCCAGCUAACUGAGGACUGGUCAGUGAUACUGGAGCUGAUGAGACAGCACAGAGAACGGAUGGCCCUACUGGCGGCCAGGAAAUCCCAACAAACCCUACUAGGAAGUGGCCAAGCGGAGUCGGCUGCGUUGGCCCAGUUCCACAAGUCCUGGGCCGAGCUCACUGAUUGGCUGAGCAUGCUGGACAACAUGGUGCAAAACAAGCGGGUGGUGGUGGCUGACCUGGAUGACAUCAACAGCAACAUCCAAGGGCUCAAGGCUUCCCUUCAGGAGAUGGAGCAGCGCCGCCCCCUGCUGGAGAAGCAGGUCACUGCAGCCCAGAACCUGAAGAACAAGACCAGCAACCAGGAGACCCGCAACGCCAUCACUGAUCGCAUCGAGCGUCUUCAGGCCCACUGGGAGGACUCCCAGACCAAGCUCUCUGAUAGGACGGCGCAGCUUCACAACAUGCUGAAGGACUCCACCGAUUGGCUGGAGUCCAGGAGGAAGGUGGAGCCUCUGAUCAAGGAGGCCAAUGAGAGGAUGGAUGCCAUGACGGAGAUCACGUACACGGUGGAGGCACUGAAGAAGCAGAACAACGAACUCAAGGGUCUGGCUAAGGACCUGUCGGCGUGGUGGGGGCAGGUGGAGCAGUGUAACUCGCAGGCAGACGGUCUGCUGAGGCAGUACUCCAACGACGACGCCCACCUGGUCCGACACCUGCACGACACCAUCAACGGCAGCUGGACCCACGUCAGCAAGAGGGUGUCUGAGCGCGAGGGGGCUCUGGAGGGAGCCCUGCGGCUGCUGCAGCAGUUCUACCUGGACCUGGAGAAGUUCCUCAACUGGCUGACGGAGGCCGAGACCACCUGCAACGUGUUGGUGGACGCCACCAGCCAGGAGCGGCUCCAGGAGCAGCCCCACGCCGCCAAGAACCUGCUGGCCCAGUGGAAGGACCUCCAGGAGGAGGUGGAGGGCCAGGCGGAGCUGUACCACUCCCUGGACGAGAACGGCCAGCGGGUGGUCUCGGCGCUGGGGGGCUCGGAGGAGGCGGGGCCGCUGCAGCGCCGCCUGGACAACAUGGGCCAGCGCUGGAACGACCUGCGCAGCAAGACCAUCAGCAUGAGGGCCCACCUGGACUCUGAGAUGGCCCCCUGGAAGCGUCUCCACAUGACCCUCCAGGAGCUCCUCAACUGGCUGAGGGUCAAAGGUCAACAGCUGGAAAAGGAGCCGCCUGUAGGGGGAGACGUCCCCGCUGUGCAGACCCAGCUCGACACACACAGGCUUUUCAGAAAGGAGCUGAGGGCCAAGGAACCGGUGAUCAGCAGAGCCCUAGGGGACACGAGGGUCUUCCUCUCUGAACUGCCUAGAGACACACCCUCCCCUGACCAUAGAGACAUCAGCCCCGAGGAGCGGGCGCAGAACGUGGGCCGUGUGCUCCGCAAGGAGGCGGAGGACCUGGGGGCGGGCUGGGAGCGGCUGGGCGGCGACGCGGCGGCCUGGCAGCGCCGCCUGGAGCUGGGCCUCCAGCGGCUCCAGGAGCUCCAGGAGGCCAGGGACCUGCUGGAGGGACAGCUCAGGCAGGCCGAGAUGGUGAAGGAGGCCUGGGAGCCCGUGGGGGACCUGGUGACGGACUCGCUGCCCGAGCACAUCGAGAGGGUGAAGGAGUUCCAGGAGGAGAUCGCCCCGAUCCAGGACGACGUCACGCACAUGAACGACCUGGCGUCCACCUUCGGCCCGGCCGACAUCCAGCUGUCGCCUAGCAACCUGGAGCGCAUCGAGGACCUCAACACACGUUGGAGGCUGCUGCAGGUUACCAUGGAUACCGGAGAUCGGAGGACCGGGGAGAGUGAGGUGGAUUCAAAGGUACCCGGUUUCUCUACCCCAGUCCGGCUCUCUCUCUCUCAUCAGAGUCCGGGCUCGCUCGCCCCAUCCCACGCGUGGCUCGUCAUAUGUGUUGCAUUGUCCCCUCUGAGUUCACGCGCAUUUGUCCAUUUCUUUCUUCGUUUUGCCCCUUUUUUUACUUUCUAUAGUAUAAAUCCAUUUUUCAUUGAUCCACCCAUCUAUUUCGCUUUUUCUUAUAGAAUAGAGUAGGACAGGGCGAUUAAUCGAAUUUUGAUCGUGAUUUAGAUUUUAGCGUCAAA